AUGUCGAAGGUUAAUAAAUCUAAAACACUCAGUCUGGACGAAAUUAAAAAUAUUAUUGCUCGUGACAUUAAGUUAGGAAGCGAGCAUGACAAUCUAUCGGACACUACGGUAAAUCUAUACACUAGGCAACUGAUCAAGCUCUACAAGGCCGGCGUUGCGAAAGAGCAAUGGUCCCCAAAUGAGUUCAUCGCCAAUAUUCAGUAUCCAAACAAAUACGACGACGUGACGUUUCAAAAGACGUUUAAGGUACAGAGCUCGACGAUCGUUGCACUUCUGAUGAGCAUCUGCACGAGUAAAGAGAGUCUGAUACUAACACUGAACGCCAUGUGUAAGAUGGUCAAGAACAGAUAUCGGGAUGCAUUUGGAUACUACAAUACGAUUCGAAAGGAACUGAGUAAGCAAAACAAGGCUGCAAAGCUGGACAACGAACUGACACCCGAGGAAGAGAAGAAAUACAUCAGCUAUGAAGAACUCAUGUCCGUCCCUGGUAAAGUCGCAAAGGUGCUCAACGAAACGUAUGGCAAAAUAUUCCUGUCCCGAUCCGAGUUUGAGGAGCUGGCCAAAGCUAAGAGAACUGAUUACUUGAAGCUCGUGUUUGAUUAUAUUACGUUGUGGUUGAACGUGCAUUAUCCACUUCGUUUGGUAUGGCCAAGUGUCAUGCUCACCCCUGAGGAAGGUGCUAAUUGUCUUCAAGGAAACGUUUUACAUCUGAAUGAUUUCAAGAAUGUUCGGCUCAUGGGACCGCAAACGAUUCAGUUGGAUAGCACUACGAUGAGCUUGAUCAAGUCAUAUCUUGAGUUCUUGACUAACACAGUUAGAGAACAACCUAGCAAACUCCUGUGGCGCAUUUUCAAUAGACAGCCAGAUCAAUGA